UUAUUUACAAAAACCUCAAAAAUCUUAAUUCUUGAGCGCCAAACACCACCUUACAAUAAAAUAAAUAAAACUUUCUUUUUAAGCUAUGUCAUCCCUUCACUAUUCUUUCCCUGGUUUCUUCUCCACCUUAAAACCCAGCAAAACUCGUUUCGACACAGCCCGACUCGGUGCUUCUAACUCAGUUCAAUGCUGCACCGCCACUACCGCCGAGCCACGCCGAGUCACUGUAAAGAACGGCAACGAUUCACUCGACAUAUGCAGAGUCCUCAAUGGUAUGUGGCAAACAGGCGGUGGGUGGGGCCGUAUUGACCGGGAUGACGCCGUUGAUGCCAUGCUUCAGUACGCCGAUGCCGGGCUUUCCACUUUCGAUAUGGCUGAUCACUAUGGACCCGCUGAAGAUCUUUAUGGCAUUUUCAUCAAUCGAGUUCGUCGUGAACGCCCACCAGAGCUCUUGGAACAGAUUAGAGGUCUUACCAAGUGGGUGCCACCACCAGUUAAGAUGACAAGUAGUUAUGUCAGGGAGAACAUCGAUAUUUCAAGGAAGAGAAUGGACGUGUCGUCCUUAGACAUGCUUCAGUUUCAUUGGUGGGACUAUUCCAAUUCCGGUUACCUUGAUGCCCUGAAACACCUGGCUGACCUCAAAGAAGAAGGCAAAAUUAAAACCGUUGCUUUGACAAAUUUUGACACCGAGAGGUUACAAAUUAUUCUCGAAAAUGAAAUCCCUAUUGUCAGCAAUCAGGUGCAGCAUUCAAUUGUAGAUAUGCGCCCUCAACAGAAAAUGGCCGAGCUUUGUCAGCUAACAGGGGUUAAACUUAUAACGUAUGGGACUGUAAUGGGUGGGCUUCUAUCGGAGAAGUUCCUUGACACGAACUUGUCCAUUCCUUUUGCUGGACCCCCAUUGAACACUCCAUCUCUGCAAAAGUACAAAAGGAUGAUAGAUGCUUGGGGAGGAUGGCGUCAGUUUCAGGUUUUGCUGCAGACACUUAAAAGGAUAUCCUCUAAACACGGAGUCUCGAUUCCGACUGUUGCUGUAAAAUACAUACUAGACCAGCCGGCAGUAGCGGGAUCAAUGAUAGGCGUCCGGCUUGGUUUAUCGCAACACGUCAAAGACGCCAAUGCUAUAUUUUCACUGGUUCUGGAUGAGGAAGAUAUAAAUAGCAUACGAGAAGUUUCGGAGAAGGGAAAAGAUCUAAUUGAAGUGAUCGGAGAUUGUGGAGACGAAUAUAGGCGCAUAUAAACUUUCAUGAUUUUGUUUUCUUCUUCUUGUUGUAAUUUUGUACUGUUCUUGAGUGACUAAAUGCAUUAGCCUAUUUACAUAGUUUACAUCAAAUAUGAAAUUUCUCUUCUGGCA